CGGCUUUUAGCCAGCGGGAGCGAGCCAUGUGCUGAAGGAGAGAGAGGGGGCGCAGAAGAGAAAACCACGGUGACUCAAAAAAGUGGAAAAAUAAUGUCAGCUGCAUUUGUCUGUAUACCACACAAAGGGACGAGGGAAGAGCGACAAUAGACAUGAAGCGAAAUUGGCCUUUCCUCAACAGCAACCGACAACAACGCAGGAAUAUCAGAGGCAACUUUGCAAUUGACGCGGUGUCCCCGUGCAGCCACUUCUGGCUUUGGUAGAGGGGGUGCAAGGAAGGACGCGGUAAGCACGUAUCAAGAAAGCAACUUAUCCUAUAUUGAUAACUUUUGCCUGAGAAAGAAACCGAGGACAGUAACCACUGACGACAUAAAAUAAUGGAUUUGGUUCUAGUCUCGGAGUGUGACUACCGAUGAGGAGAGCAGGACAUUUCUUCUAAGCCAAUGGUGUUUCACGGGCUUGGAUUUCUAUUGCGCUGCUGCAACAUUCAGUUAUUUUGAGUUUGUUCGGAGGAAAGGUUUUAUUGAAACAUUGGGUCUCGCAACACUGACAUAAACGUUGCGUGGAAUGGACAUCGUUAUGCGCGCAAAUGUUUGGAGUAAAAAGCAUCUCGAUUUGGAAAGACCAUAAGUUGAAGGACGUAUAGCUGGAUGGGUGGUUGCAAGUUCUAUUUACGACCACAAAAGUUUUAGAAAGUAUGACAUGCUGGAAAUGAAUGGAUUUAAAGCGCAUACAACUGUAUACUUGGCAUCACCGAAUAUUCUACAAUAUAUAAUGAAUGUCGCGCAAUGUGUUCAAAUAAGGCAUUUGUCAAUUAGUUAUUAAAGGAUAUGGAUUUUAAUAGUUAUUGGAAGAGCUUGCCGUGCAAAAGGGGAGCAACGAGCUGAGUCUCAUUGAAUAAACAAAAUUGAUGAACCUUCACCGAACACAUUCAUCUAAUUUAACAUAGACACUACUCUAUCUGCUUGGACUUAUUCACUUAUGUUCUCCCGUACGGGAAUGCAUAGGUUGUACAUCUUCAACUGACGACGAAAAAUCGAUUUAAGAGUACCAGAAAUUUGAACGUGAACUGGAACCCACCUCGUGAAAGUUGAAGAGCAUCAUGCAGAUGUGAACAUCACUAACACGUUCACCUACAUCACCAUCAGUAAAAGUUAUAGAUAACUAAACGACAAAUUAUACAGGCUUUGUCCGUACUGGACAAGAACUAUUUCGCUUUUCAAAUGGAGUUGACACUUAUGGCUGUUGCCCUCCUAUCUUGGGUCGCGGUAUGGGCGGACGAUAGCAAGAUUAUAUCAGACAGAUAUGCAGUCUACUGGAACAGCACGAAUCCCAGGUUUCACUACGGGGAGUACACAGUGGAGGUGGCCAUCAACGACUACCUGGAUAUUUACUGCCCCCACUACGAGGACCCGCUGCCCCAGGACCGCAUGGAGCGCUACAUCCUCUUCAUGGUCAACUACGAUGGCUACACCACCUGCGACCACCGGAUGAAGGGCUUCAAGCGCUGGGAGUGCAACCGGCCCCAGAGCCCCAACGGCCCCCUCAAGUUCUCUGAGAAGUUCCAGCUCUUCACUCCCUUCUCGCUGGGCUUCGAGUUUCGGCCGGGCCACGAGUACUACUAUAUUUCGUCUCCACACCCUAACCUUGUUGGGAAACCCUGCUUGAAGUUGAAAGUCUAUGUCAAGCCCACAAAUGACUCUGUGUAUGAGUCCCCGGAGCCCUUCCUGACAGAUGACAGCACCGGUGGCUGUUGCCUGACCGUCCCCUGCUUCUCCCUAAUAUCGGCCAUGUUGCUCGCGCUGCUCCUGUCCUCCUCAUAGCACCCCGGGCCCAACGGUCUCACCCGCCUGGAACAGCCCCUCUGCCCCCCCAAGCCCGACCCCACUUCCAGUCUGCUGCCUCGGCCCUCCUUGUAAUGGAGAAAGAGAGACACCUCCCCCAUCCCCUGUGCCACUUGCCCAUCCUCUCUUCAUACCAGUCAGCCCCACCCACCGUCCCUAGACAGACGCCAUCUGGACACUGUAAAGUCAUGCUGCCCCGCCUUCCUCCAACCAGAACUCUGCGUCCUCAUGACCGCUGGCCUUUGACCCCCACCACACAACUCAUGUCCAGGGGGCGGUUGAGGAGAAUGGCCCCGCGGGGCCAGGAAGGAGGCCCUUAAAGACCUAAAGAAAACGGCCUCCCAGCUGCUUAGGAUCGCUGGGAUGCACGAGAAGUGGGGAGGGGAGGUUUGAACGGAACUGGGGACGGACUUCCCUCCCACACACCUGGGUGGCCAUUGGUCGACGUGACCGUUGCCAUUGACAGCGACGUCUCUUCUCCACUUAGGAACCCUCUCAUGUCAUCUUCAUCUUUGAGUUUCAUCUUUGGGUUUCUAUUUUAGUACCUGUGCUUUGAUUGCGCUACCCUGUAUCCCAUCUAUACAUGGUCAUUCCGUGUCAGUGUGGUGUUCCCCAGUGCCCCUGCAGUGAUAGAUCAUAGACGAUCCUUCUCUAUAUCUCUCUUUUUCUCUUUCUAUCUUUCUCGCACUCUUUGUCUACAUGUCUCUGUGUCACCCUGUCUUCAUCUAUUUUAUUUCUCUUUGUCUUGCUUUCUCUUUCUUCUUGUGUCUCUGUCCAGUCUAUAACAUCCUGGCAAUUUCUAGCAGUAGCAAUUCAGAGUAGACAAGGAUCUUUUCUGUAAAUCUGCCAAAGACGCUUGUUUAACUUUUAUACCGGGGAACAGGGGGUGGGACGGUGGUGUCGUAGCUUUCCACCACGGUUGUAAGCGGACACAGAGCUCUUUGUAGACCCUCCGAAUCAUGCCACGGGGGUCCCAUCACGGACAGUGCAGUGUAGAUUUUUUUUUACAGAGGAUCUUUUUGUCAUAUGAAGAAAAAAAAGAAUGUUACGUAAAAACAAACAAAUGAACCGUUUCAAAUUGCCUUUUUCCACUGGUGCUGAAUUCAGAACGAGCCUCCACGUCUCAAGCUGUGGUGCUGAGUAGAAUCCUAGAUCCUGUGGUGGCGAAGUGUUUUGUGAAUUUCAGGUUUUUGCUUUUCAUUUCCUUAUCCCUCCCGCCUCUCAUCGUCCCCCUUCCCCUCUCCAGCAUUCUCCGUCUCUCUCAUGCUCCGAAUGUUAGUUUUUCACCGCGUGACGUUUUUGCCGUUUGACACACGCCCAUUGCUAAGUCUGCUCCCUUUUUUGCCUGAGUGCCAGUACUACAGUUAUGGACCACUGGGUUAUUCUGACGACUGUAGGCCCGGCAUUACAAGGGGAAUGGACGACGUGUGCUUGCCAUCCACUGUGCAACGAUAAGGAACCCAGGCCUACAUGUGCACUGAAAGGGGACAGCAAUGGAGAGAGAUGGGCUCCAAAACACUGCAGUGGGAUUUCGGAAACUCAGUAGUACUUCUGCUUCACAAAAUAGACUUUUCCAUUUUGCGAAAAAACAAGUGGGGGACCGAAGUGUAUGAGAAUAAUGUUGUGGUUUUGUGAUAGAACACUGCUCUCUACAGUCCUGACCAAGGUUUGAUAGAGAGCUGGCCUAGAACAUCUGAAGGAACACAGAAAUAAACAACAUUUAAAAAAAACAGUUAGCUAAAUACAACUUUUAUAUUUUACUUUAUUCCAUGUUAUUUUUUACUUUACUUUUCAAAAAAGCAGCAGAAAUUAUUCAUAUGUGAUAUGAAAUUAUAAUGUAGACCCUUGAAUUACUAGAAUGAUGAUGGUACCAGUCUCUGCAGUCAAACAAGUCUAGAGAAGUCAGACGUUUGCUAUUGUUGUUGUUGUUUUCCUGCUUGUAUCACAAUGCAUUCUGGUACUUGUAGUCCUGUAAUACUUCUUUUUAAAGGUGAAGAACAUGGUGUGGUUUUCAAAUCAAUUCCUUUUUAGUUUUAAAGUGGAUAAAAACAUGUUUAUGAAUUCAUAUGAAAUGUUUUGGCAAAGGAAAGCUACGGGGAAAAAAGGAAAAACACAAAUAAAGCUUUUUGUCUAUAGCCGAAAUAUCUCUGGUUUACAGUGUGAUUUACAUGUGUCUAUAUUGUCGGCUACAAUACAGAGUGAUUACAUCAUCCAAGUAUUCAUAACUGCUGUUUCAAUCAAACAUGAGCUCUGCCAUUGUUUACAGUGUCUUUACCUAAAGUAAAUUGCAAUCUGAUGUUGAUAAGCCGUUUUUGUAGUAAAAAAAAAAAUGUCUGCAUAUAUUCAUUGAAAAAGAUUUGCUGUUUUUUUGGUACAUUUUGUUAAUGGACGCUUGUCAAAUUACAUGAAACAGCUCAUGCAUUUAAGAAAUGGAACUUGAUAGAGAGCUGGGUUGGUUGAAUGUGGCCAAAUCUUAGGAUCAACCCCGAACAUUUUGCCAAAUGUCAUCAAAAUGGAUUUGCCACUUCUGACAAUUCUCUUCCCUGUGAUGCAUGAUAAUGGAAAACAUUUUUCAGGCUUAAACCUAUUUUAAUCAAAGAAUGGACUUUCCGACCUGUGCCGAUUGACAUUUAGUGAGUGUUCAUAGGGAAGAUGAUUUAAGAAAUGUAUCAAUCAGUGUUUGAUAAUUUCGCAACAAAUAAAGCUACCGCUGAAAGUGGCCUCUGAUUUUGGCUUCAAAA